AUUUCCCAUAGUGUAAGCAUAUAUUUAUUCUACAGAAGUUUUUGGAAUGAAAUGAUGAAACGGGGGUGUGUCUUUUCGAAGAAACUGUAAAGAAAUACGCCCCGUGUAAUUUACUGCCAAAGAAACUGCGUCUUACGACAACGACCGACCGAUACUAUCUGAUAACACAUUUUAGCUCUGUGGUUAUGUCUUAUGAUUUAGGUUAAAGGUAGAUUGCUGUUUUUUUCAAUUAAAUCUAAGAAUAAGUCUAUCUCAUUGUUAUUUCGGUUUCUUAAAUUUCGUGGAUUUGUAUUUGAAACGGCAUGAUGUUGGCUUUUUGUGGUUCAUUGAUAUUCUUGAUGGUUUUGGUCACGGCGGUUUCCACACUGGUUCCGCCUCCAGAAAAUGUGACAGUGAGCUGUAACAACUUACAGACAACUGUUGAUUGGAACCACAGUGAACUGCUUCGUCGACCUCUCUUCAAAUUGAAAAUAACUGGUGAUCACAGUUCGUGGGAGAAUUCCACUAAACAGCAUCAUUAUGACCUCUCCCCCUUGAUGUGGAAUGCUAAAGAACUGGAUCGCUACUUUGUGAAGAUAACGGCCAUUGAUGAAAUGGAGGAAUCAGCAUCUCAGAAGUCCUCGAUAUUCACAUUUAAUAGAUACCUUACAGCUGACAUCCACUGCAAGUUGGAUUUCCCUGCUGUAAAAGUGUCAAUGAAAGAUAUGAAGGUCACAGUGAGCUUCGACAACCCUUACCACCUGUACACAGAACUGAAAGAGUCUCGCAUGGGUGAAGAUGACAAACGCUUCCUAUCCCGAGUAACCUAUGAAAAUACUAAUCACACGUUUGAGUGCCAGUUAGAAGACGAAGUCUGCCAUCAUCACUUCACAGUCCUGGGGAACAAGGAGAAGUACUGUGUUAGUCUGGAGGGGAAUGCAAUGGGCCACCGAGUUAUGUUCAACAGAAAAGGGCCCAUCUGUGUCAAUGAAGAGAAAACAAUUUCACUGGAAUCAUUUUUGCCAUUUAUCAUCAUUGGCAUUGUGGCCUUUGUAGUCUUUGUGACAAUAAGGCUCUGCAAGAGAAGCAUGCGGAAAAGAAACUUGUCCAAUUUACCAAAGACUUUGGCUUCAACCUUAUCAAACCCACACAAGAAUAUAAUGGACCUGCCAUUUGAGAUCAUAGCGCACAUCAGUGGCAUAGAACCAGUUACCACCACAUCCCAGAGCCUGUUGGAAACUUCAGAAGAGGAGGAGGAACCGGUUGAGAGUCCGACCACUAGCGUUGGAUUUUCGGCUAACCCCUUUAGUUCUGGGCAGGUGGGAGAGGGCUUAUCGGACAGCAGGAGCCAAUUACGGACUGAGCUUCAGGUGACACAGCCACGCUCUGUGCUGCUGUGUGGAGAUGACUCCGAGGAAUCAGAGGACAUGGAUUCCACAGCUUCUGGCUAUGACAGACGACACAUUCCUCUACAAGAGGUGGAGGUGGAGAUGAGUGCAGGAGAUGUAGUGGUGGGCUAUGGCCCCACCUGAGCACCUCUGAACUCGGGCCUCUGUAAAAAUAAAAAAAAAAAAAAAACUUUCACUGGAUGGAUUAAGAACAAUGACAUUUGACUUCCCAGAACUGGUUUACCUAGGUACACUGAUACACUGUCAUGCCUAACUGAUGUUCAAUCAUGUCCUCAUUGGUGCAGCUCUUCAUUCAAAGACUCAAUCAUGGACACGCUUACUGAGGUGUGGCUGCUUCGCGUGAUGUAUUGUCUCUACCUUCUUGCCCUUUGUGGUAUUGUCUGUGUAAUAAUGUUUUGCGGCUACCAUGUCAUGUGUUGCUGCCAUGCUAUGUUGUCGUCUUAGGUCUCUCUUUAAGUAGUGUUGCGGUGUCUCUUGUCAUGAGUUCUGUCCUAUAUUUUUAUUUUAUAUUUUGUAUUUUUAAUCCCAGCCCCCUUCCCUGCAGGAGGCCUUUUGAUAGGUCGUCAAUAUAAAUAAGAAUUUGUUCUUAACUGACUUGCCUAGUUAAAGGUUAAAAAAAAUAAGUAGAGAAAUGUUUAUGAAUUUUUGUACAUUUUAUUUUUAACUUUUUUUUAACAAGGCAAACCCUAACCCGGACGAUGCUGGGCCAACUGUGCACCACCCAAGGGGACUCCCGAUCACAUCCGGUUGUGAUACAGCCUAGAAUCGAACCAGGGUCUGUAUUGACGCCUCUAGCACUGAGAUGCAGUGCCUUAGACCGCUGUGCCACUCGGGCUGACUCAGAGAACAGUGACAAAGUGCUCAAAGCCUCCCAGAUGGCAGGCAGUUAUACACCUGUACCACUCUUUCCACCUGAGCCAUUUAAGGAUAACAAUGGGGAUCUCUGACAACACUGGCCAACCUGUCAUAGUGGAUUUACGACCAGCUUUAUUUACGUCAACCACUCUUCCAUGAAAAUAUGACCUUGUGGAUCAACGGCACUAAAGAUGUAGGAUAAAAUACACCAAAUACUAUGUAUCCAAGCUAACCGACUAGGCUGUGAGAUGCAAGGCAAAUAUCACCCACGACAUUGGCCGUCCACUGAAGUUGCAUCAAUUUCUUUCAAUGUUUACCAAAGCUUCAGGCCAACUGCCAUGAACCUGGUUAGAUAAUGAUUGCCACUCUGUAUAAUGUUAUUUUCUGUUGUAUUUCUGUUUUUAAUGGUCCCUGGGAGAUUUCUGUAAGUCUAUCGCCAGUUCAAAUCUGUGUGCUGAACUAAUCUUCAGUAAAAAUUAUUUUGGGUGG